CCCAUCCACACACCAACCACCUGCUCUGCUCCUGACAUUAGCACCUGCUGGCGGAGGGUUCUUUUCUGUUGUCCAGUUACUCGUUACGCGGGCCAACAUGAAAGGAUUCCCAACAUUCUCCAUACACUGCCGUCACCCACCGGGGCGGUAGACCGACCAGACCGACCGCCAUGCCCCGCGAGCCGUUUUUAACUCGCAUCGGACUGGGACGGUCUCCAUUUCUCAACACCCCCUCAAUCACUCGGACCGCCCAUUAUUUCCAGAUCGCCGAAGGAGAGGAGAUACCCCAACAUAUCCUGCAUCCGGACGACGGUCGCUAUAUCCAGAUUUACGAUGAGCGUGGGCACCCUAUCAACCCUCUUGCGAAAGAAUUUGCGAGGAAAUCCCGACAUGCCCUCAAUGAGAUCACGGCAGCCACUGGGGUGGUGGAGAAGUACCUGCCACCGUCCGAGAAGCUUCCAGGGCCAUCCGAUGAAUAUCAUAAACGGAUCGAACUCGAGGACAAGUACUGGUAUUGGCUAGAGCGCGCUUUCAACCAGGGUAGUGUGCUAUCGAGGUGGUGGCUUGGUAAUAUCGUUGCUCGCCUAUGCGCAUUUGACUUCCCAAGUUCCAUGACCAUUGCGGAGAUUCUUGCCUCCGAAUGCCGGCUCUCUGGGCUCAGCAUCUUCUAUGCAGGAAUGGAUCUUCGAAUCCUUUCCGCUCUAGUGGGCUAUGUGGUUACCUCUCUGGAGAAGUCUAGCACACUUGAGCGCAUACUGCGGGCGACGGGUUUUUCUCGGGCCACCAGAAUUUGGGUAGGCCGGUUCAGUUGCAUACUCCUUUACAUGGCGAAAGCAGCCGAGUACCCGGUUUACUAUUCAUUCUGGUACCGUGAAAGCCUACAAAGACUUGGCCUUCUACCUACCACGAUGGCGUCCUUCUGGGAUGCUGUUCCCCAAUGCACGAGCCUUUUAUCCUCUUUGCCCUCGGAAGUCCAUUUUUCCAAGCCCACGUUCCUACGGCUUGCCAAAGCUGUGCUGGUAUGGCCUGCCCCCUGGGCUUUUUUAAUCACUCUAUGGACUACGUGGGUGCAGCACACAGCAUUUUGGCCCCUGUUGGCAACGAUUGACUCUCCGGCAAGCAACGCCCCGAAGCGCCAAUUGGUCCGCCAUAUCCGUGUAAACGCGUCCCGUUGUACGUGGGCUCAUCGCACGUUACUACAUGCGAGCAACAGGAUCUUCGGUGUGCUUGGGUGGAGAAGCAACCACCACGUGAUACAGGUGCGCGAACGGCAUCCUGGAGAAGUUGAAGUUUCCGGUACCGUUGUAACAAACCUUCAGCCACUUGAGUCACUGGAAGAAGCGGUCGGCCAGUUGGCUCGUCCUGGUCGUUCUGCUGUACGAGGUGAAUGGACGACUUGUCGGAUUACGCCGCUUUCGAUGCUGCCAGCAAGUACGGCGGUCACCAUCUGUGCCAAAUUUGUGGGCAGGCUGGCGGAACUUCCGCUCGACGUGGUGAUGUAUCGUUUGGUUGCUGGACACUAUCUGUUGGCUCCUGGAGGCCAUGUUUCUUCAACUAGACUUGGGCGGUACCGGCUUCUCGAUCCUCUGGCCGAGCUACGUUCGAUGGACAUGCGAUGGGCAUGCACUCUGCUUUCCAGACUGGUAUUCUUCGAAGGGGUGGGCUUGGCUAUUGAGUUUGGACUCUUCUUUUUUCAGUGGGGUCUGAGCACAUAUGUUGGCAAGAAAUACUUUGGCUGGGGCGAUCCUGAGAGGAGGCAGUGAAUAGGCCGGCACGGAAAGAGACGGGGAAAGGAACAAGGUGUACAGGUUGGUAGACUUACAAGCAGUCCAAUCAAUAAGGAUUCGGCGGAGAUGAGACUUACGUUUGUUGGCUUACUGGUUGGUAUUACUGUACUGUACCUCGUUAAGACAGUACCAUUGAAGACAGGUGGGGAAUGCAUGACUACAGAUGGGUACAAGCCGGGCACUUGGCAUCAAUAAUGCAUUAUUUUGUGUGAAGGCAGCACGUCGCGAGAGGCAAACAGGAAUACCUACUACAGC